AUGUCUCUGAGCUUAACACAGAAGUGGCUGAAACAGGUUCUAGGACCGUAUCCUCAGAAGGAUCAAAUCUAUAAUGAUGUAGAUGCAACACUCGCAGCUUACCCUACGCUGAGACCAAAGAACGAUGUGUAUACAUUUAACGAUGGCAGAGCCCAGCUUCUGCUCUGUGUGCAUGGCUUGAUUCCAAUCACUUUCCGGCAAGCGACCUAUAAUAUCCCUAUUGCCCUCUGGCUUCCUCUCGAAUACCCUAGGUUGCCUCCACUAGUUUAUGUUGUUCCAACAAGUGACAUGCUUGUAAAAUCCAGUAAGAAUGUGGACCCAAGUGGUGAAUGUGCUUUCGAAUAUUUGGAUAACUGGCGCCGAAAGAGCGAGGGAUGUAAUCUAAGAGCUCUGAUUGAAGUUAUGCAAGACACCUUCUCCCGGGAGCCUCCUGUCUAUGCAAAACCUAAGAGUACAGCUCCAUCGACUCCAUCGACAGCCAUUCGAGCAGCAUCACCAGCGAGCGGGCCGCUUCCUCACCGACCGCCUCCUCCCCUUCCAUCCACAUCUUCCCAACCGGCAACGAGCCACCAACAACCUCCGAAUCUGUCCGCACAGUCAUCUCCAGGGGCUUCAGGUUCGGGAAGCCCACCACCAAAGCCAGCUAAGAUAUUCUCUCAGGCUAUCCCGCCCAUCUCUACUUCCACGAGCGGAAAUCUCUCGCCAAUACGUCCACCGCCACUUCCAGCGUCGCCCCUCCGAAAUCAGACACCUCCCAUUCGGCCCGUGUUUACCUUGAACCAACCAGGCCCUCCCCCACCCGCUCCCCCUCCACCCCCGGGCCCACACGUCUAUCAACAACACAAUCGGGGCAACUCAAUUGGCUCUUCGAUCUCUGGCUCAAUCGCCUCCGAAUCGAUGGUCAAUGCCUUCCCAACCAGGUAUCACUCACCCACCUAUGCGACCUCCACCUACUCACCCCAGCCGCCACCACCUCCGCCACCCACUGCGUAUCAGCAGUACUCCAACUCUGCAGCACCUUUAGCCGCACCCGCUCCAACGCCUAUCAUUAAUGUUCCUACUCCUCCGGCGCCUCCUGCACCUCGGCCCAACUUUCUCGACGAGGACGACAUUAGUACACAGGUCAAUGAGGCACCUCCAUCUCCCAAUGCUCCACCGAGGCCAAUUAACCCUGAACUGCUUCGCUUACACCAUGAUUUACAUGCCAAGAUUACCGUUGAGCUUAGCGCCCUGAGUAAUGCACUAGCUGGUGACAAUGAACGCCUGCGAGCAACACAGGGAGAUCUUCUCGCCGGUGAGCCGGCUAUCAGGGAUGAGAUGGCUCGAUUGGAAGCUGUCCGGAGCGUAUGCACAACUGUAGGAGACAGGCUACAAGAUGUGGUUGCAAGAGCCGAAGCAAACAUGCACCACUUGAAGUCCAAAGGUGAUCCAGAGGUCGACGAAUUGGUUUGUUCGACCGCAAUAGUAUACAAUCAACUGGUGGACCUAAUUGCUGAGGACAAAGCGAUUGAAGAUACAAUGUACCACUUGCAUCGUGCAUUGAACUCGGGAAGAAUAGAUCUAGAAAGGUUCAUAAGAACUGUCCGAAUAUUGGCACAAGAGCAGUUUAUGAAACGAGCAUUGAUCGAGAAGAUCAGCGAGGGAUUACCAAUUGGCGCGAGGUUCCAUGUCAAUGGCAUAGCGGAUCCCCAUUACAACUCCCUACCUGCCACCACCACUGAGAUGUCCGUCACUAUAACUCAAGUCUUUAUAGGAAAUGUCGUGAACACGCCCGCUUUGGGACAGCUUGAAAUCCUUCAAGAACAGGUCAUUCUUGUAGACGCUCAUGGGUUCAUAGCAGAAAUGUGUCCGUUAGCGGCCCCAACGCCAGCAGCUCUACACUAUUUGCAUAGCAUGCCGGCGUCCUCUAUCGUGCGGCUCCCGCCUACCAGCUUCUUCUCUCCGACAUUUAUCGAUCUACAUUUACACGCUCCUCAAUUUCUAUACUUAGGAACCGGGCUUCAUCUCCCCUUGUUGAUAUGGUUGGACGAGUACGCAUAUAGGGCUGAGGAGAGGCUUGACUCUGAUCCCGAAUUGGCGCGAAAGGCAUGUUACGGUGUGGCACUCGUGUACCUGCGACUUGCCCAGCGAUUGGCAGAAAAUGGAACUGGUGCCGUACUUGCUUUUGGCACAAUAAACGAGGAUACCAACAUCAUUCUGGCGGAGGCGUUUCAAGCCGUAGGGCUUCGUAUAUUUGUCGGUAAACUUACAAUGGACCAAUCUUCUAGACCAUCCUACCGAGAGCCGUCGACAAGCGCUUCAUUAGUCUCUGCGCGUUCUUUUAUUCGACGUUGUAGAGGGUUGGUUUCCGCCGUGCCGCCACCUCUGCGUUUAGUAGAACCAGUCCUGACGCCUCGGUUUGUGCCAACUUGUUCUGACGCGGUGCUCCGGGGUCUGGCUCUUAUCAGCCGGGGCGAGAAGGUCAAGAUACAAAGUCAUCUAGCGGAAGCUCAUGACCAGAUUGACUAUGUUCGGCAAUCUAGGGGGAAGUCAGAUAUAGAUAUAUUUCAUGACGCGGGAAUACUGAGCCCAAGGGCUAUAUUCGCUCAUUGCACCUUUCUCGAAUUACCUGAGCUUGGUCGAUUGCGCGAGGCUGGGUCAGCUGUUGCGCACUGUCCCUUGUCAAACGCAUACUUUUCCACACUUCCCUUCUGCCUCCGAGAGGCUCUUGAUAUGGGUGUCAAAGUCGGCCUCGGAACUGACGUCGCAGGAGGAUAUCAAGUAGAUAUCAUGGGCGCCAUGCGACAAGCCGUCAUUACUGCCCGCAUGAGGAAUGGAAUGCAGACUGAGUUGGUUCCUGGAGAUGCACCCUUUAGCGUUGACUGGAAAGAAACUUUAUAUUUGGCUACACGAGGUGGAGCUAUCGCGCUUGAGUUGAAUACUGGCGUGCUGCAGCCCGGUGCACCAUGGGAUGCACAGAGAAUUGACUUUUUCAAUGGCGCUGGCCAAGGGUUAGGUGAUAUGGAUUUUUUCGAUAUGCCGACAAUGUUGACCGAAGCUAUGGUUGAGAAAUGGUGGUGUUUGGGCAAUUCUCAUAAUCGACUGAACAUGUGGAUCCAGGGGAGGAAGAUUUUUUGA